GUCCGGUUAUGUCGCCAGACAAACCGCGCUUGCCAUCUUGGAGUCAGUCCCCGACAAGAGAGCUUUUCAACAGUUGCUGACGUGUGUUCGCUUCUGGGCAAAGCAGCGUGGAGUCUAUGGGCAGUCGCAUGACUUCGGUUAUCUAGGCGGAGCGGGCUGGGCGAUCUGCUGCGCUCUGGUCUGCCAAAUUGAACAGCACCAAGAUCUUGAGCAACUUCUUGGAGCUUUCUUCGACAUUAUGAGCAGAUGGGACUGUCGAGUUCCUGUUGCCCUGAAUGGCCGGGCACAUCGACAGGUCCAACGCAACAGCGCAGGGCUGAAGGUCCUGCUUCCUGUUGGCAGAAAAUUAUGCGCCAACCCGAACUUGACUGCCUCUGCUGCUCUGCAGCUGCAGAAGGAGUUUCGGAGAGGGAACAGGAUUUUUGCAAAAAUUCAGCACAGCCAAGCGGAUUGGAAACAAAUCUUUUCUGUCUCGAAGUUCUUCGAGCGCUAUUUUCAUUAUCUCCAGUUCGACAUCACGGCUUCCAGCGAAGAGAUCAUGUUUCAGUGGCUAUCUUGGUGCAGACAGCAUCUUCAAGGCACUGCAGAGAUGCUGGAAACCGUUGGCAACUGCCACCUGAUCACUCGGCCUUGGCCAGUAUGGCUGCCUUUCAAGGAUUGUGAGUGGCACUCUGCCAUCGCUGUGUUCAUAGCACUGCGAGUGCUGCCACACACGCGCAAUGAGCCUGCAGGCACGCGGACUGUCGUUGAUCUUCGCGAGAUCCUCGUCACUCUGUUGGAGCGGCUGUGCGCAUGGCCUCUGGCAACCGAGCACCUUGGUGAGUUCGAUCUCUACAUCCGACACACGUCGCAGGCUGAGGUGAAGUCUUGGCUGACAGCUCUGGAAGGUGGCUUCCCGGUCAAGCGUGCUCAUCGGCCAACCACACAGACACAGGCCGCCAUUUCCCUGCCCGAAGCAGACAGUGAGGACGACAUGUCCCGGCAAAGUUCGUCCUUUGAGUUUCAAUGA